CUAUUCCUCUUUCUAGAGCCACCGAAAGCGGGACUUCCCGGUUUCGUUACCACGCCGGCGCGGCCGGCUCAGUUAUUCAGGGACCAAGGUUCACCUGGAUCUCGAGAAAAGGGAAGGAGAAAGCGCUGGGAGAAAAAGGGCGCUGAGUUUCGGGGAAGGAGGGGAACAACGCGCAGCAAGGCGAAGGGAGCCCGCGGAGGCGCCACAGGCUGACGAAACGUUGCCACGAGUGGGCUCCCCAGCGCAUUCCUGAAGAAUUCGCCGCGGCUGGACUCGGAGGGGUUGCGUGCGCGUGGCCUGGAGACCUCUUUAUUCUGACAGCGGCGCGGCGGAACCAGUGCGGCGAUUGGCGAUGGUAGCCGGAGGAUGGCCUCGAGAAGCUGGCAGGGUCUAAUCUGCGGCUGCGUCUUCUGGUCGAUACAUGCAAUUAUACAAGAGCCUCAAAAUAUACGAUUUAAUUCAGUUAUGUUUGAUAGUGUUCUCCAGUGGGAUCCAUCAAAUUUUUCUGAAGGAAAUGUAACUUAUACAGUUCAGCAUAAAACGUAAGUGUGGUCAGAAUUCACUGACUUGUGCCAAAGAAUAUACUUCACAGAGUGCAAUAUUUCAAGUAUAUCUAAAUAUGCUCUUUCUCAUUUAAGAAUUAGAGCUGAAUUUGAGAAUAAACAUUCUCACUGGAUAAAUCUUAACUUCACACCAUACAAGGACACAACCAUUAUACCUCCUACUGUACAAAUUGUACCCACAAAACCUGGAGUCUUGAAUGUGCAUCUCCAAAGCCCUUCUGUUUUACUUAAUGGUAUCAGAUAUUCCUUGAAAGAAUUUUAUGGUUCGGUAGUUUACAAGAUGAAAAUUUGGAUGAAAGACUACGGUAGUGAACAGGUUAUCAAUGAGAACGCACCACACACUUUCCAUGUAAUAUCUGGCCUGUAUCCUGGAAUAACAUAUUGCCUUAAGGCUCAAGCAUUUAUUGAAAAACUGAAUAAAACUGGAGAGUGGAGUAAAGUCUAUUGUACCCAAACAACUAACAGUGGCACAGAUCCAGUAGCAAUGACGGUUAUCUUCCUAACAGUAGUGGCAUUCAUUUCUCUCUGCUGUUGUACGAUUGUUUGUAUUUAUCAGCGGAUCAAAUGUUCCUUUUUCCCUUCAUAUUCUUUGCCACAACAUUUCAUACAGUUUUUCAGCCAACCUCCUUACAGUUCACAAUUUCUUGCAUCCCAGCUAGAAGGAGAAGAUCAUAACUAUGACACAAUUAUUGUUCUUUCGGAGGAGUCAAAACAGUGCAACAGUGAACUGGAAAAUAAAAUGAGCAACAUAAUACAGGAGCGGCAAGGGUCUCAAGAAGACACCUUUAGGCCUAAAGAAAUUUCGAAUUGUACAACUUUGCUUCAUGCUUAAAGCUUGGGAAUAGUACACUGCACUUUGAGGAACUUACUGGAACUUACAAAAUGGCACUUAACAUUUUGCACAUUAUAAAGUCGUGAAUGGUGGAGUUUUUACUUGAUAAAAACUUUUAUAUGAUUUUCUGUUCUGGAAGUUUAUACUAAAGCAAUUUUAGAAUACAAUGUAGCCAUAACUAAGCAAGUUCAACUUAUGAAAAGAGCAUAACAUUUAAAAUAUUGUGAACAUACUUUAUUCAGAAUAGUUGGCUUUAUUAUUUUGAAGAGCAUUUUGACAAAAAUAAAAGUAUUCUUCUAGACUCA